UGGGUAAGGUUUUACUCCAUUCAACUAUGGUUGAAGGCUUUAGAUUUCAACGUUUUACGCUCUCUUUAAACAACCCUAUCCGCCUUCUUAUAAAUGUAGAACAUGAAGAGGACAAACAUAGAAAGCGCCUCGCACACACUGCUUUGCAAAAAACGACGCCAUCAACCGUUGCCAAACCCAUCCAACUUCCUCGCACCUGCCAUCGCGCAGCUUGCCUCAUCCGCUAUAACCCUGACUCCCCAAAUUUACCCCGCCAACCCCACCACUCACAGCCAAACAGCAGCCAAGUCAACAUACAGCCUGCCUCAUCAGGCUUCACUCACUCGCUUACACCAUCAACACCAUCAGGCAGAAACAAUAAACCAAAGCUCAUAUAACAUCCUCCAUUCUACAUCUCCCACCUCUUCCUCUACAAACCAACCACAACCACUCAAACCUAUCCAAAUGGCACCCCCCACCCCCCUCGAGAGAGCAACCAACUCUGUCCUCCGCCUCGUAAAAGAAGAGUCUUACUACCACAAGGAGCUCGCCCAUCAAGAAACCCGCAUCUCCAAGCUCCAGACUGAGAUUGCCGCCGGCAAGCCCGACCUCGACAGCAACGCCCCUUACAUGUUGAAGCAAGAGCAAACCGCCCUCGAGGAAACCAAAGCCGUCUUCGGUCCUCUCCGUGACAAGAUCUCCGAAGCUGUCCAGAACCUGGAGGAGCAAAUCGCCAUCACGGAGAGCGAUGGGGUGGAGGGCAAGGAGGAGGAGCUGAAGAAGGCGAGGGAGGCGGUGGAGAGUGGGAAGAAGGUUGCUGAGCAGGAGUAGUAGAUAUUUCAUGGAAAAAAAGCAAGUAGGCCGUGUUCAUAAUUAAUAUUAUUUGACG